AAAAACUUAACUCUUUCUUAGUUUCCUUGGCAUUGCAAAAGAAAUGGUUACUCCUACUGCUAUGACUAACAUUCUUGUUGGAGUACCUUCUCUUUCUCUUCCUUCAUUUCACUUGCCAAAUUCAAAUAUUUUCACUCUCAACUCCAAAAUUAAGACCCUAAACCAUAAACUUCAUCUCAAUUUCUCACAAACCAACCACACAACAACCCUAUUUCCAUCUUCCUUAUCAUCAUCAAAAUCACUCAGAAACAGAACUAGUUGUUACGUGUUGUCUUGUCUUCCUCCUGCUUCUGAGUCCUCAUCCUCCAAUACUACACCCUCUUCUACUUCAACUAGGCUAUAUGUCAGUGGGCUAUCAUUUCGAACAACGGAAGAGAGCUUGCGAAAUGCAUUUAAGAAUUUCGGUCAACUUGUGGAAGUCAAUCUUGUGAUGGAUAAAGUUGCGAAUAGACCAAGAGGGUUUGCUUUUCUUCGUUAUGAAAACGCAGAGGGAUCCAACAAGGCUAUAGAAGGAAUGCAUGGAAAGUUCCUGGAUGGCAGAGUCAUAUUUGUGGAAGUCGCCAAACCAAGAUCAAAGCAACGACAAAGACUCAAUCAGAACACUAUGUAAUCAUAGUAAACUUCCAUGUUAUAUGAAACAACUUCAUCCGUGUUUUGUCUACUUCUGUAAUAAAUUUUGCUGUAAUACCUUUUGUUGUUACAUUAGUGUAUUUGAAGAGAUUACAAAGAAUUCCCCUUUUUCUGUAA